AUGAGGUGUUGUGUUCCUGAUUGCAAGAAUGAUUCGCGACAUAUAUCUAAGUCACAGGGAAUUACAUUUCAUACAUUUCCCACCGAGCCCGGACUGCGUACAGCAUGGCUCAAGGCUCUCGGCAAAGAGACGUGGGAGCCCAAAGAAAGGAGUGCGGUCUGCUCUGAACAUUUUCUAUGCGACGAUGUGUAUGAAACUGAAGGUGGACUGCGGAGAGUCAGAACGGGUGCGGUGCCUCUGAUUCUACAGGAUUCCAAUAUCUGCGAUUCUUACAGAGAGCCUGCUGGUUUGAAGGUGUGCAGAAUAUGUCUUGAUAUGGAUGCGAAGUUAAUACCAUUCAAAUCAAAUCAAUUAGAACAAGCAUAUGAAAAUCUAACUGGAUUGUCGCUAUGCACAGAAGAUAGAUUGCCGCAGAAGUUGUGCACGGAAUGUGUGCACAGACUCCUAAACUGUGAUAAGUUUCGCCUCAAAUGUCUAACAUCUAACUCUUUACUUCUAGAAGUUAUCAAGAAACAGAACUAUUUAACAGAAGAAAAUAUAAAAACGAUCAAUCGAGACAAUACACAUCUUAGAACUAAUUUAACAAUAACACAGUUUGAACCCAACCAUUGCGACUUUUACAUAGAGUAUACAGAACCGCAACCAAUUAUAGAAGAGAAACAAUGUGAGAUAGAAAUCAAAGAAGAGAACGAAAUAUUCUUAAGCGAAGAUAUUCACGACAAAACAGAUUUAAACGUCUUAUACGAAGAAAAUAAAGAGUUUUCUGACAAAGAAUUUGGUUUGGACAACGAUAAUAUUUAUUCUUCAGAUGAUAAUAUACCCCUAGAGAUAUGUAAGACUAAGAAAGCUAAGAAGAGAAAGAUGAAAGAGAAGAAGCCUCUAAAAGAUGUUAAAAAAGUUAAAAAAUCAAAGGAGAUAGCCGAACCGAAAAUCGAUAGGAGACGGAAGCCGUUCUUGAACGAUGAUCUGAAUGAGACGCUAUUCACAAUCACUGACUUGUCUUUUGAGGAGCAGAUAGCAGAAAUUGUGAAAAGACAGGAGAGUUCGAAUUAUAAGAAUUCAGUGUUUAAAUGCACUAAUUGUUUUAAAGGGUUCCUGGAUGAAGAUGCUUAUAACAGUCAUAUUAUUAGACAUACUAAUCAAUGUGGCGAACAUGAAUGUGAAAUAUGCAAGACGCAUUUUAAGCACCCACAUGCGUUACGCAAGCAUAUAACUGCGCACCACACGCAAAGGUUUAGCUGCAAGCAGUGUACGUACGUGACGACACACAGACAGACGGCCAGACUACAUGAACGAUGGCAUAAAGGCACCAAGUACAGGUGUCCUCACUGUCAAGAUGAAUUCGUUAAAUUUACGACAUACAUGGGCCAUAUACGAAUCAAGCAUCCAUCGGAUUUUGUUUGUGAACUGUGUGGGUACUCCUUCGUUAGUGCUAAAGGCAUAGAACUGCAUAAGAAGCUGAAACAUCGACUUGAUGACGUACAAAUCCCUGAAGACGGUCCGUUAUGCGAGCUCUGUAAUGUGCGUUUUAUAUCGUCUGAGGCGCAUAAACGACACCUCAGCGUUUCAGCCAGGCAUAAUACGGGAGCAGACAAAGACUCAAGAGAAUCAAAUAAACCUAAAAAGGGGCGGAAAUCUAAAGAAAUGAAGGAAAAUGAAAGAAGAUCGCGGGACAAGGACAAAGAUAGUGAUGAAAAGAGACCCAUGUAUCCUAGUCAGAUGAGGAAAGCUGAGGGACCUAUACCUUGUGAACAGUGUGGUUUACAAUUAGAAGAUUCAAGAGCCUACCACGGCCACUUCAGACGUAUGCAUCCGGACAAGAAUCGAACCAACUACCCGUCUAUGAAGUCGCCGUGUAUGUGUGAAGUGUGUGGGAGAAUGUUCCAAAGUUACGCCCUCCUAAAAGAUCAUACAUGGGUCCAUACAGGCGAGAGGCCAUUUAAAUGUGAUUCCUGCGGCAAAUCGUUUAGAAUGAAGCAAAGACUAGUGGCGCAUAGACGCGUACAUAGUCAGGUGCGAGCUAGCUAUGUAUGCGCGCUCUGUGGGAAACAUUUCUCCACGCAUAGCAAUAGGCAGAGGCAUAUGUUUAUACACACGGGUCUGAAACCGUUCAAAUGUGAGAUGUGUGGCAAAGGGUUCAAGCAUGCGAGUGAGAAGCGCGCACAUAUCACUUAUGUACAUUUAAAGAAACCCUGGCCUAAACGAGCCAGGGGCAAGAGGAGACCUGACACUAGACAGGGCCAGUUACCCCAACCAGGCCAAGAUAUGGACCUCCAGACCCCCAUGUGGCCUCCCUGCGAUCCCAAAAUGAAUGAUAUGGGACCCCUAAUAGACGAUAAGCCAAUUUAUUAUAAUUUGAAAAUAUGA